AUGGGAGGGCUGGAAUGCCCUCCAGAUCUGAUCGUCGCGCAGGACGAUCUAGAGACGGCGAAAGCGCAGAAGGCCGACGCGGAGGCGCUUCUGACAGAUAUGACUAAACAGGUGGCGCGGGCACAGUCUUUUCUCUCUAAGAAGCUAAAAGUUAUCGAGGACCCCGCGAGCGUCCAGGAGGAAAUUACCGCGCAGCAGCACGUGAUCGAUGACGCUAAGUUUGAGCUGGACGAAGCCGCUGCGGCGUAUGAGGAUGCCAAGGCUGCAGUGAUUCAAGCCCAGGCCAACGCGAGCUACGCGAAUGCGUCUAUUCCUGCCAAGUCCGCGAAUGUGAGCAACGCGAAGACUCUGCAGAGCAAGGCGGUGAGUAACAAGAACAGCGCGGACUCGGCGGCGAAUCUUAUGGCUUCUCGCGCGUACAACGCCACGCUCGCUGCUCAGCAGGCUGAGGCAGCUGCUAAGUCUGCGGGUUACACGUGGGUGUGGUAA